UAAAAGUUUCGAAUGAAAAUAUGUUGUACAUGUACUAUUUUAAAAAGGUGCAAAAGAAACAUGGCAUCCAGAUUUAGCGGCGUUGAGUUGCAGAAAAAAGAAGUCACGGAAGAGACUAAGUCCAAUAAUGUAAAAGUUGUUGUACGAGUCCGACCCCCUAAUGAUAAAGAACUGAUGUGUGGUAAAACAAAUGUAAUCAAAGUUGUUGACGAUUUUAUGUUAACAUUUGAUCCAAAAGAAGAAGAUAUAAACAGUUUUUCUUCAUCCAAAACAAGGAUGUCUAUACUGGAUAAACGAAUAAGGGACCUUCAUUUUGCAUUUGAUCGUGUUUUCAGCAAUAAAGCAACUAAUGCUGAAGUUUUCACACAUACUACAAAGGACAUACUUGAUAGUAUUCUUGAGGGAUACAACUGUUCUGUUUUUGCUUAUGGUGCCACAUCAGCUGGAAAAACGCAUACAAUGUUGGGAUCACAAGAAGAACCAGGUGUAAUAUUUUUAACAAUGAUGGAGUUGUAUGCAAAGUUAAUGGCAAAAGAUGAUGAAUUUAAUACAGACAUAUCGGUUUCAUAUUUAGAGAUAUAUAAUGAAACUUGCAAAGACUUGUUGCUUCCUACAGGUCCACUUGCUGUACGUGAAGACCCAGAUAAAGGAGUAUGUGUCAAUGGUUUAUCUCUACAUAAGCCAAGAAGUGCAGAAGAGUUAUUGGAAAUGUUGCAUUUUGGAAAUCAAAAUCGUACACAACACCCAACUGAUGCAAAUAAGCAGUCUUCGAGAUCUCAUGCAGUAUUUCAGGUAUUUGUACGUCAAUGCCCAAAAGAUUCUGGUUUAAGUGCAUCAGUGAAAGUGGCAAAGAUAUCAUUGAUUGAUUUAGCUGGCUCAGAAAGGGCAACUGUAACAACAAACAGGGGCGACCGUCUACGAGAGGGCGCCAACAUCAACAAAUCCUUACUCGCCUUAGGGAAUUGCAUCAAUGCUUUAGCUGAAAAUAAGGAAAAUUUACAUGUACCAUACCGCAAUAGUAAAUUGACUCGUCUGUUAAAAGACUCAUUGGGAGGAAAUUGUAAAACUAUCAUGAUUGCAGCUGUCAGCCCUUCAUCUCUAAGUUACGAAGAUACAUACAACACUUUGAAAUACGCGAAUCGAGCCAAGAAUAUUAAAUCCACACUGAGUGUGAAUACAGUGAAUGUUGAUUAUCACGUCUCUCAGUAUGCGAAAAUUGUUAAAGAUUUGAAAGAACAGCUCUCGAAUUUACAAAGCAAAAUUGAUAAAUUUGAGAAUGGUUCGCUCACUCCGCAAAGAAAAGAAGAAGAGAGGCAGACACACAUUCAAAUACUAAAGAGAUAUGAAAAAGACUUGCAGUGUUUAUAUAAAGAGAAGGUUUUGAUCAAACAACAACUUAUUGAUUGUGAAGCUUCUGAGAAAGAAGUAAUGAUAAAGUUUGCGCUCAAGGAACGUAGUUUUAAAUUGUGUGGUAGUUUACAGCUGCUUACAACAAGCCAUUGCGAAGAUGUUGGUGAAGAUGAGUCAUCUAAAAGAAUUGAGCAGGUUCGUGCGUCUAAUGCGUUGAAACUAAGCAAACUCCAAGAACGCAGAACCAUGUUGAUGUCAUCCAUUGAGGAGAUAAAUACUCGACUGGUUAGUUUACAGAACGAAAUCGACCAGUGGGCGAACAAAGCGGACUCGGGAAUACGCAUGCAGUUAAAUAUGAUGUACGAUCUGCAACUGCUUACAGCUGAGAAUGUUUCUUUGAAAGCGCAGCAGAAGCAUAUCAGAAAGUAUCUGAAAAUGCAAGAAUCAGAAUCAAAGAAAAGCGACAAAGUAGCGUCGAAUUUGAUCCAAAUUAUUGAAGCUCAGCAACGUAAAAUUGAAGGCCUUACAAAUGGUCUCCCUCACGGAGACACAAUGGAUAUUUCUCAGAAAAUAGACGACUUACCAAAAUCUCUUUUAAAUGGACCAAAGAUUUCAUGGGCCGAUCAGUCUUCGACUGAAGGCGAUACAACUCAAUAUACAAUCAACCUUGGUCAUUUUUCAUCGUGUACCCCAUUUAAAACGCCAUCCCGAAAACCCGACGUGUUCCGUCAGCUUGUCAUGGAAUCAAGACAAAAGCACUCUGAUCGAACUGAACGCAACACUGCUGUCAAUACUGGACCAGUGCGUUCGAAACUUUUGUUCACCGAUAAGGAAGAUAUUUCCACUCACGAGAAUGGAUCCAUAAAUGUUACUAUGUCGAAGGAUGAUUCCGAAAAAGUAAGCGAUGAAGAAUACAUGUUGAAAAGUCCUAGGGUCAAAAAGAAAGCACAUUUCGACUCAUAUCUUGUGGAGGAGGCUCCUGCUAAAAUAAAUAAAACAUUUUCAAUAUCUCAACAAUGUAAAUUUAAUGAAGAUACAAUGGAGAUACUGCUUCCACUCACUCCUGUGGAAGAAAGUCGCAGUAAUAUCCCAAUUAGAACACCCUUAAAGUCCUUCAAUGAGCGAUUGCCAACUGUCAAUAAUAAUAAUCGAAGACGUAUGAGAUCUUUCACAGAAGGCAACAGUACAUUUGUAGUUGGCAAUGAAACUAUAAACGUUACGAAGGAAAGACACUUGUUGGAUAGUACUUUUUGCGUGUCAAAGGUUCCCGGCUUCGCGAAUGGAAGGGUUACAUCUAAGUUAAAACGAAAAAAGAUAAAACUCGGGCUGCCCUGCAGAGCCACCUCCACCACUGAUCUUCGAAAAGAAAAUGUUCGACCACAAAAUGGGACAAGUCAUGACUUGGACUUCCGACCACGUGGUUUAAAAGCGUCGCAGAGCUUUGCAAAAAAAACUGUAAAUAGAGAAAGAUUUCGUUUCUAAUUUAAUUUGUAGAUUUUUUAGAUUUUUUUCUUUAUACACAUUUACUAGCUAGUGCAGACUGUAUCAAAUUUACUUACAUUGCCGCGCUGUAAAUUCGCCGAUUUUCAAAAUAGAUAGUAGUCAAGCUUUAGUAUUCACGAGAAACGAAACGACAACAACAAAAAAUAAAGUUUAUUGACAAAAAUGUUUUGCGACGCAAUAGGUACGAGUUCUAAAUUUCUAAACUUUGAAGUGUUUAGUAUAUUUUUAUAGAAAAAAAGUCAAAUUUUGUUUUAGAUGACAAAACCACGCAGCACCGUAUCACCCAAAAUGCUUUUUAUUUUCUUAUUUUUAUAUACAUGUAUUUAUGUAGACCUUUAAGGUUUUCGUAUCGUUGAGGGGCGAGAAUAUUUAUAGCACGUGUAUUUAUGACGAAAUGCUUUCGUGCGCUGUAUAAUAAACUUAUUUGGAGGA